GGGGCCUGGCGAGCGGCUGUUCCCCGGAAGGAGCAGCGCUGCUGGGCCAGGGCCAGGAUGGGCCGCAAGAAGAAGGCGGGUAGCGGCGCGGGGCUCCGGCGGGCGGUGAUCUUCGAUGAGGACAGUCGGCGGGAGUACCUGACCGGGUUCCACAAGCGGAAAGUGGAGAGGCGGAAAGUGGCGGUGGAGGAGAUCAAACGAAAAUUGAAAGAGGAGCAAAGGAAGAUGAAAGAGGAGCGGCACAAGGAGUACCUGAAAAUGCUGACAGAGAGAGAAGAAGCCCUAGAUGAGGCUGAUGAGUUGGAACAUUUGGUGACGUCCCAAACAGAGUCUGUGAGCAUUGAUCACCCAAACCACACUGUAACAGUGACUACCAUCAGUGACCUGGACCUCUCAGGAGCACGCCAGCUAGGACUCAGGUCCUCUGGGGGAGGAGGUAGUGAAUCAGAAGAAAAGGAAACGUCGAGUGGAUUCACAAGCACAUUGCCCAAGAAGUCUGGAGAUCCCUUCCUGUCCCAGAGGAUCUCUUCACUCACUGCCUCACUGCAUGCACGCAGCCGGAAGAAGCCCAAGGGAAAGCAGCUCAGGCGUGGCCAAGACCCACACAAGAAAACUCAGAAACCUAGUGCUAGACGAACCAGCAAGUCCCAGCGCCGGAAACUGACUGGCAAAAGAGGGCGCAACCAAGAGUGAUAGACAAACUGAAGUAGAAAUUAUCUGCAAGGCAAGGCUCUGCAUUUGGCGACAGUCUCUGCCUGAUGUGACUGCCCAGUUUGUUGUGGAUGGGACCUUGUUUGGAUUCCUGUUCGACAAGCUGUACAGCCGAGCCCAUCUAUCUCUUCUCCUGGUUGGAGCCAGUAAAUGCAGGGGUGAAUUGCUCCAGUGGUCACUGAAGGCUGCUGUCUUACAUCUGACAGUGUGACAGUUUAGAAGAGUAAGAAAUACCCUAGUGCACUGGCCCAACUGUGUUGUUGUGCCCAUGGUGAUGGCGGAGAUCUCCCCAGGCCUUUGCAGUGGUCGUCUUCUGACCUCUUGAACGUUUGUGCCAGAGGGAGCUGUUUGGUCUCCUGUGGCUUGACUAGAAGAUUUUGAGCUGGUCUAGGCUACAAGGGCUUUGCUGUAUAGCUGUGUCAACAAAGCCCCCUAGUGGAGACUCUGUGUAUAGCUGCAAAUGUAUAACUCUUCACCCUGUAGUUAAACCACCUCUCUAGAUGACCUAAAAUACAACUAAGGGACUUUCUUGCAGGUAUAAGAUGUGUCUACGGGGGGGGGGUGUUGCUGGCAUAGCUCUGUUGGUCAGGAUGUGAUUUUUUUCCACACCCCUAACCAACAUAGUUAAGCUGGCAAACUUUGUAGCAUAGGCCCGGCCUGUGUCUAUAAGGAGUUGGUGACUCCUGAUUUUGGAAUUUGGGGAGAACCAUCUAAAAGAAGAUUAAAAGGGGAGGGAGCUGCCCAGCAAAAUCAUAUUGACCUGGAAAAAUAUUCUCUCUGCCCCUGGUCAGCUUUUCACCGGAUGUUCUUAUCCGUCCCUCCAGGAGAGCAGCACCAUGGCAAAAGCUCUGCCAGGCCUCUGGGCAAUGAAAUUACUAUCACCUUUAUGGUGAGCUCUUUAUGGUGACUUUAAUAUACCAAAUAAUUUCUUCCCCAUUCCACCCCUCAAAAAUUCUGCUGGAGUGAAGGAGAAAAGGGCCAAAUGUGGGGGUAAUGCUAUGCUAGAAAAUUAACCUCUCUAUGGCAGGAUCUAUGAAACCUCAUUAGGUGAUCCUGUGCUGGAAGGGUUCUGAUCUGCAUAAAAAGCCUGGGUGGGGAAGAAGCACUUGAAUUGUUUGUUGUUUUUCUCCUCUUCGCAACAGAAUUGUAGUCUUAAUUGAGACAAAGUAAAUUUAAAUAAAGGAGCAGCUGUGUCCAUUCGUGUGCUGUAUGGAACACACAGGAAUGGGAGAGCAGAAGUGUGGCUUUAUGGUUAAAGGACUGGUGUAGGAAUCAUGCAGCCUGAGUUUAAUUCUAGCUCAGUCACAGACUCCCUGGGUGACUGUAAAGACAUUUAACCUCUGUCUCACUUCCCCAUGGGUAUAAAGGGAGUGAUAAUCCUUCCUUUCUCUCACCCAUUGUCUGGUUUGUCUGUUUAGAUUGUAAACACUUUGGAGUGAGGAUUGUUUGCGUUGUGUUUAUACAGUGUCUGCCACAUUGCAGCCCUGAUCUCAGUGAGGGCUUCUAGAUGCCACUCUAGUACAAGCAGCAAAGAGUCCUGUGGCACCUUAUAGACUAACAGAC